AUGCAGACACUGGAAAAUCACCACCCCUUCUUCCUGCUCUUCCCCAUGAGGAGGAUCUUCUUCCUCCUCUUUGCUCUCAAUAAUUAUAAUAAUAAUAUCCAGAUUGUUUUCUCGGCUAAUAAUUCCGUAAUCUCCUCCUACUAUGCCCAGUGCUCCCCGUCCACUUGCGGCCGAUCAAUCCUUCAAUUCCCAUUCGGCCUCAACUCAUUGUGCCGUGGUGCCUAUGAAACCACCCAUUGCAACAACCAAACCGUCUUCCUCACCGACGACGAGAACCCCAGAUUCAGAUACAAGCUCCUCCAGAACCUCACCCACGAUGUCUACUCCAACAACUCCGUCAGGAUCGUCGAUGUCGCCCUUCUGGGUUGUGGCCCAAUCCCUGAUUUCUCCGGUCAAACCUCCAAUUCCAUGAAGUGGCUCACUGUUGGGGCUCUCUAUUUGAGUUCCGACAGUUAUCGGGUUGUCACUUAUUUCAAUUGCUCUCAAGAGCCUGAUACUGAGACCUUGAAGCAGCUAACCAAGGCUCCCUGUUUGGAGUGUGCUGAGACGACUAGCAGCAAUAACUUGUGCUAUUACUAUGACGGCUACUUGGAUCAGGUUUCCAAUUGCAGAGUCUACAAAGCUAUCAUCCCCGUCGAGGUCUUAAACAACGUAACUGCUGUUGGAAAUCCUAGAAGGGUGCUUCAACAGGGAUUUACGGUUGUGUGGGAUAACAACUGCAAUUCAUGCACUGAGAAAGACGACGGGAGAUGUGGCUAUCUUAACCAAGACAGGAGGAGAGGCAACGAGGUUUGUUUCUGUCGUGAUGGAGUUCACACAAACAAUUGCUCCGAUGGGCAAUUGAUCAAACUUGAUGGGGUUUAUCAGCAUCGACAGAAGAAUUGGAUUCUGCACUUGAUCAUUGGUUUAGGUAUUGGGCUGGGAGGUGGAUUGGCUGUUGCGUCUAUACUUUAUGUUUAUUUAGAUAGAAAGCGUAAACAGAGGAGAAGACUCUUAAAUGGCCAAGAUGAGCAGGUUCUGAAUCGCUACCUUCAAGGAGAUUACACCACUCCAGCUUCUGUAGAGACCUUCUUGCUCAAUUAUACAUCAGGAAGGCCGACCAGGUUCUCCUUUAAACAGCUCAAGAAAUACACCAACAACUUCAAUCACAAGCUAGGACAAGGCGGCUUCGGCUCCGUCUUUAAAGGCGAACUUCCCAAUGGUUUCCCCAUUGCUGUUAAAUUGAUCGAUGAGACUGAUCAUAGCGAGGUUCAAUUCCUCAAUGAGGUCCUAACCAUUGGGAAAAUCCACCACAACCAUCUAGUUCGGCUUCUCGGCUACAGCUUUGAGCAAUCAAAACAGGCUCUUGUGUACGAGUUCAUGAAAAAUGGAUCGCUUGACAAGUACAUUCAUGGUAAAAAUGAGGAUGCUGUGGAAAAGUUGAGUUGGUGUCAACUUGUUGAUAUUGCAAUUGGAACGGCAAAGGGGUUAGCUUACCUUCAUGAAGAGUGUCGAAUUAGGAUCCUACAUUGUGACAUUAAACCUCAUAACAUCCUCUUGGAUGAUAAAUUCCAGCCCAAGGUUGCAGACUUUGGAUUGGCACAAGUUUUGAAUAGGGAGAAGAGUCAUGCCUCACUUGCACAUGGGGCAGGGACUCCGGGAUAUGCUGCACCAGAAAUGUGGUGGACGAGUUGUGGUCCUGUGACUGAUAAGUCUGAUGUUUAUAGCUUUGGGAUGGUGAUAUUGGAAAUGGUGGGGAAGAGGAGGAAUUUCAAGCGUGAUGUUAGUAAAUCAAGUGAGAUGUACUUCCCUGAAUGGGUAUAUAAGCACCAUGUAAUGAACGUUAGUGAGGGUGGCAAUGUUGGCUCAAAAUGGCAUGAGUGUCAGGGGAUUGAAGAAGAGGAGAUGGGAAGAAGAAUGGAGUUAAUAGGCUUAUGGUGCAUUCAGUUCCAUCAAUCUAGGCGACCAUCAAUGAGGAGAGUGAUUGAGAUGCUAGAGGGAAAUAUGGAGAUUCCGAUUCCUCCCUCACCAGUCCAGCCGUCUACUAGCUUCACAAACCCUGGUAGGGGAAGUGGGAUGCCAGUUUUGCCACAGGUGGGCAGUGGAACAGAAGAAAGUUCAAGUGCUGGUGCUGCUUCUUCUAUUGAUGCAUCUGGGCCUAUGUUGGGCAGGUGAACAGAAGAAAGUUCAAGUGUGGCUGCUUCUUCUAGUGAUGCAUCUGGGGCUGGCUGUAAUGUUGUACAUUCUUACACAAGUGGAAAGCAGAAAAUGUAACAUAUUCGGGUGCGUUAGCUAUCCCUUCUCCAAAGUCAUUU